CGGAAUUGGAAUCUGCAACAGAAUGUUAUUUCAUAAUCAUGUCUUCAUGUUCUUGUGUUGUCUUGCCUAGAAUUGGUUCACAGGGCCUCUUGAACACAAAUCUGUUCCGAGCUUGUUUUUGGAUGCACUGCUGAUGUUCUCCGGUUACAGACCCUCUCUCUCCCGAGCUCCGCUGAAGGCUCAGCACCCCAACAGAAUGACUAUUUCUGGACCCUGCAGCUUUGUUGUGAAAUAUUGAGCCUAUGAGGGACCUUUUUAGAAGCACGGUCCCGGGAAGUAGAGUCAGAGGAUUGUCCGGGAGACCUGCCAAAGGUGUUUUUCAGGACGGGAGGUGAACCAAAUCGGGAGACUGAUUGAUUAUUUGAUGCCAGAUUGUGAAAGCGAUCAGUGACGGAUCAAUCGGACACAAUGACUGCUGUGAACGCUCCGCAAGACAGGUACAACGCUGUAUGGAUCAUAUUCUUCAUUCUGGGCUUGGGAACUCUCCUGCCAUGGAAUUUCUUCAUGACUGCUACUGUGUAUUUCACCCAACGUCUGAAGGACCCACAAAUCAAUCAAACAGCCAAUGGGACGGUGGAGAUAGAGGGCGACAGUCGUAGCGUCCUAGAGUCAAAGUUCAACAAUGUGAUGACGCUGUGUGCAAUGGUGCCGCUGCUCAUUUUCACCUGCCUCAACUCCUUCAUCCAUCAGAGGAUUCCUCAGAAGUGGAGGAUCUCAGGCAGUCUGUCGGUCAUUCUCGUGGUGUUUUUCAUCACAGCGGUGCUGGUGAAGGUGGAGAUGGAGCCCCUGCCAUUCUUUGUGUUAACUAUGAUCAAAAUCAUCUGCAUCAACUCAUUCGGGGCAAUUCUGCAAGGGAGUUUGUUUGGUUUGGGUGGAAUGCUUCCAGCGUCCUACACCACGCCCAUCAUGAGCGGCCAAGGGCUGGCGGGAGCGUUUGCGGCCUUCUCCAUGAUCUGUGCUCUCGCCUCGGGCUCUGAGUUACAGGACAGCGCUUUCGGCUACUUCAUCACUGCCUGUGUCGUUAUUCUCGUGGCCAUCGUUUCUUACCUCGCCCUGCCCAAAUUGGAGUUUUUCCAGUAUUACUCUGAGAGCAAUGGCUCGCGGUCCAUCGCAGAUGAGGAAAACAAGAUGGAUUUGCUGAAACCAGAAGGUCAAGCGGAGAAGAGGCCGGUCCUCAGUCUGACCGAUGAAGAGUCCAAACCCGCGGUGUCAGUGUUCGGCAUCUUUAAACAGAUCUGGGUGAUGGCUCUGUCCGUAUGCUUUGUCUUCGCCGUCACCAUUGGCACCUUCCCAGCCGUCACUGUCGACGUCAAGUCCACUAUUGCUGAGGGGGGUCGAUGGGAAACGUAUUUCAUCCCGGUGUCCUGCUUCCUCCUGUUCAACAUGAUGGACUGGGCCGGUCGGAGCCUGACGGCGGUCUGUAUGUGGCCCGGUAAAGACAGCAUCUGGCUGCCCGUCCUGGUCAUCGCACGUGUGGUGUUCAUUCCUCUCUUCGUCCUCUGCAACGUUCAGCCCAGAAACUACCUGCCUGUGCUGUUCUCUCACGACGCCUGGUACAUCAUCUUCAUGAUCCUCUUCUCCUUCAGCAACGGAUACCUGGCCAGUCUCUGCAUGUGCUUCGGACCAAAGAAAGUGUCGCAGCACGAAGCAGAAACUGCAGGAGCCAUCAUGGCGUUCUUCCUCUCUCUCGGCUUGGCUUUGGGAGCCGCGUUAUCCUUCGGUUUCCGGGCCAUGAUCUAGAACCGUGGCCUGGUUCUCAGUUUGAUGAAGAGGAACUUUAACCCUGGUUGUACACAGAGCCAGAGAGCGUUUUCACACUGCACAUGUAUUCGUUUGCCCCUCUUGUGCCUCAUGAAGAACUGCAUACGGCAUCUGGAACAGACACACGAGGAUCAACAUUAUGUCACGAGCCAAAAAUGAGCCAAAAUCUGUCUGCAAUUUUGUGUACUUGUAUAAUGUGCCAAAUCAGUAUUUAGCAAUAGCGUACGGAUCAGGUUAACCCCUUUCCGUCUGAGUUUUUUAAAAUGUUUUUGUAGGUAUUAACAGUUUUAAAUGUGAUGUUUUAGAUUUGUUUAGUGAUGGCAGAGACUUGCAGCUAUUAGGGCAGUAGUUCACUGCAGAAAAUGAUUUUCUUACUUGCCUUGUUUUGCAUUACAAAUAUCUAAAAAAUCUUGAUGAAUUUGAGAAAAGCUUCCAAUAAAUUCAUCAAAAUUAAGUUAAAAAACUAAAAAUAUGUCAUUGGAGUCUGAAAAAUAAUCUGGUUUUCACUUUGAAUUAUUUUUCUGAUCCCAUUGGCGGAUAUAUUUUUCUAGUUUUAUCUAGUAUCUCCAAGAGUUAAUUUUUGCAGAAAGGCAAAACACUGAGUAAGAGAAGCAGAUUUUGCAGUGUUUCUAGAUAAUCGUACUGUAUCACACCAUUAAAGGGCCCCAAUUUGAGUUUAUAGUGGCAUUUUGAAUGUUUCAAUCGUUCAGAUGUCUGUGGUUUAUUUUGUCAGCUGCAUGUAUUUGAAGAGUGAAGGCCUAAAAUUGUUACAUUUGUCAUUUAUUAUUAUUUAUACCUUUGUUUUUUAACAGCUUUUUGUAUUAUAUAUUUUUAAAGCAGCCUGUGUAAUGACAUGUUCUAACAAAAUUCACAACUUGCUUUGGUGCCUUUUGAAUGAGAUGUUUUCCAAAAAAUGGGCCAAAUGGAAAUGUUUGGGCGGGUGGGUGGGUCUGUGAGUGGACGGGUGUAGAAAUAAACACAUUUCUGUUUGUAAUGGAGUGAUGUGUGUUUGUACUGCUCGACUGUCAUUCAGCGGUCUCAUAAUGGAGGGUUUCAGCAGAAAAGGUUCUUAAUUACAGGAAGUUUACUUGAUUAUUGCCAUCAUUCCUGUGGAAAACCAAGAAGCCUUUUCAUUAAUGCUUGACGGAACUUUCAACUGUUACAUCCACCAAUUGUUAGGCUAUUUAUGAAGGCUGAUAUUAUAUUAAUGUUUUUGAACGAAGUCUCUUAUGCUCAUUAAGGCUGCAUUUAUUUCAUAAUAAAUACAGAAAAAACAGUAA